UGCUUACAAACUUGAACAGAUUGCCAAGAGUUGAAGCUAUCGUGACUUGUAGGCUUGCAAGUUGCAGAGAAAGCAUCAAGUCAUAAGCUCCAUGAUAUCUGCGUCUUGGGGGUUUCCUUCUUCAGACCAACACCUUCACCGUCAGUCUACAGUUCCAUCUCAUCGCUCACCACAUCUUCUCUUUAUCCAUACUCAGAGUUUUACUCAAACCCCAAUCCCAACCACCCAACAUGCUCUUCGCCAAGCUCUCCGCCUUCGCAGCCCUCCAGCUCCUCUCCCUCCCCGCUGCCCAAGCCCAGACCAACAACAACGCUUCCGCGCCCACCACCACCGUCCCAUCCUUCACCUGCAACCCAGGUUACCCCGUCUCCUCCGCUGAGCAAUCCAUAAUCUUUACAAACUUCCUGCGCAAGUUCUACCUCGAAAAGGACGUCUACCGCGCGGGGAGGGAACACAUCCUCCUCAACGCAAUCAACCACAACCCCAACGUCAACGGCGACCGCGACGCGAGCUUGGCCUGGGUUGCGCCGCUCAUCGCCGAGUGGAAUGUUACUAUUACCAACACGGGCUUUGCUGAUAACGUCGGGUGGAGUCAUGUGAAGGUGGAGGGACCUGGGAUGGGGCGGUAUACUGUUGCUGUUGAUAUUUGGCGGUUUGAGGGGAGUUGUAUUGCUGAGCAUUGGGAUGCGUUGCAGGUUGCGCCGCCGGCGAAUAGAACGAACCCGUUGGAGUUGAUUUGAGGUUGCCUAAUUGAGGUGGCUAAGGCGGAUGUGCUCAAGAACUAGAGAUUUGACAGACUAGACUGUGUUACCGGCGAGAUGGAAUUCACAUAGCUUGAUAUUCGCACAUAGGGCUAAGUCAUAGGUAUUAGAGGAGCAGACAAUAUACUGGUCAUAAAUGGAGUAUCCGCUGUCUUCCAUAAAAUCACCAAAGAGACUGAUCCUAGGGAAUCAGGCCGUUACCAGCAGAUGC